GAAGAGCGAGCCCAGUGUUCCAAGAUUGUUCAUUAUGUUUUCCGAAGUUGAGAAGGAUAUUUAAUUUUUGUCGUAGAUCUUGCCUGUCAUUCUAUUAGAUUGAAUUCUUAAGUGUAUUUAUUAAACAUAUAGGAUAUUUUUUUAUACCUAAAGCUUGCAUGUAGUCAAGAUGUCAAUUUCACCAUGGGCACUACGUAGAGGUACUUCACCAGUUGACUGGUGUGAAGGAAAUUAUCUAAUAUCUCCCAUGAUAGCUGAAUUUGUUAAUACUGUAAGCAAUAUUCUUUUCUUUGUGUUUCCACCUCUGCUGACUGGUCUGUUUAGAGAGUAUGCUCAAUAUGUGAAUCGUGGUAUUUAUUUAAUCUGGGCUUUACUACUAACUGUAGGAUUGACUUCAGCUUAUUUUCAUGCUACUCUCAGUCUUGUUGGACAGUUGCUGGAUGAAGUUGCCAUUUUGUGGCUACUGAUGGCUGCUUUUGCCUUAUGGCUUCCUCGUCGGUACUUUGCUUUUGGCAUUAAAGAAAGAAAAACAUUUCAAAUUUGGAUGCUUGUUUUAUGUUGUGGAGCCACUUGUCUUGCCUGUCUUCAUCCAGUAUUAAAUGCAUUUGCUCUAAUGGGCCUUGGUAUACCAUCUACAGCCUUACUUAUAGCUGAAAUUCGGAGAUGCAGAAAUUUGAGAGUUGUGAAGCUGGGUUACAGAUGUGCAUGGGUUUGGAUUGCAGCUGUAAUAUGUUGGAUUAAUGAUCGUUUAUUCUGUGAGAUAUGGUCAAAGUUGAAUUUUCCAUACCUGCAUGGGGCUUGGCACAUUCUAAUUGCUAUUGCUGCUUACACUGCUUGUGUUUUAUUUGCUUAUUUUGAUGCUUGUGAUACAGUUCCUGAGCAACUUCCCGUCAUGCGAUUCUGGCCUUCGGACAGGUUUGAACUUGGUGUACCAUACAUUAUUCUUCGAAAUGCUCAUAAGGAUUCCCAAAAGAUCUGACCUUGCCUGACUAUUCUUUCGUCUUCCAAAUUCACAUUGAGCUUAAGAAGAACCUCAUAACCGGUGGUGUAAAACUUUUGACUGUGUAUAGUGUUAACAGAACUUACAUUUGUUAUAUUUAAAUAUAUAUUGUGUUACUAAUGCAUAAAAUUGUGUUUUGAACUAUCUGGAAUGAUGAACUUGCUGACAGGUGCAGCCCCUUUUUGAUACUGUAUGGAAGCUGAAAUUGAGUAAAAUGUUUUCUAUGAUGAACAGUAGAUGUGUCUUACCACCGUUUAUUUAUAUAUUUAACUUUGCUUUUGUUCCAAGUAAUAAAUUAGCUGACAGGUGCAGCUUUGUUUUGUGUGUUUAAUAGAAAUUAAGCAUAAAUAAAAAUAUCUUUUUCUGCUGAA